AACCCUUUUAAUAGGCGACCCAGUUGCACCGGUGAAAGACUUCACAGACUUCUCACACAUAACACCCGACAUUUCUUUUUCUUCUUCUUCUUCUUUCUGCUCUUCCUCCUCCUCUCCAUCUUUUCUUUUUCUAUAUAUCUAUUACAACCCUAACACUCUCUCUUCUUGUUUUUAUGGACAAAGGAUGGGGUCUUACCCUUGAUUCUGAUCAUCCUGUUUUCUCUUUCUUCCCUAACUCCGCCACCGCCAAUAAGCCUGCAGACUCUUUUCUCAAGAUUAACAAAAGAAACAGCUUUGACGCCAGUGACCCCGUUAGGAUGUUUCCCUUCUCUGUCAACCUUCCUUCUCCUGCUGAUGACAAUCGAUUGAUCGUUGGUGAAGUCGACUUCUUUUCUGAAAAGAAGAAUAACGUUGUUUCUGAUAAUCAUCAUAGUGAUGAUUCUAAAACUACAACUAUCUCUGUCAAAAAAGAGAAUUCUUAUGCUGAUAUCGCUCCAAAGUCCAACGAUGUAAAUACUGGAUUGCACCUUCUUACUGCUAACACUGGAAGUGAUCAAUCAACGGUUGAUGAUGGGGCAUCAUCGGAAGUUGAUGACAAACGAUCUAAGUUUGAGCUAGCGCAGUUGCAAAUUGAUCUGCAAAGGAUGAAUAAUGAAAACCAAAGGUUGAGAGACAUGCUUACUCAAGUAACCAACAAUUACAAUGCUUUACAGAUGCAUCUUGUAGCCUUAAUGCAGCAGCAACAGCAGCAAAACCAUGGACCUGAGGCUACUCAUGAACAUGAGGUUGUACAAGGCAAGUCCGAGGAAAAGAAACAUGAGGUGGUGCCGAGACAAUUCUUGGAUCUCGGUCCAUCAGCCGAGACAGAUGAGAUAUCUCAUUCAUCAUCUGACGAUGAGAGGACACGUUCUGGCACACCUCAAACCAAUACGGAAACAGCAUCCGUCAAAAACAAUGGCAAGAUUGAGAUGUCUACAUUUGAUCAAGAGAAUUCUAGCUUUAGAGAUGGCAAAGGAAUUGGCCGAGAAGAGAGUCCUGAGUCAGAAACACAAGGUUGGAAUCCUAACAAAGUUCAAAAAUUGAAUCCUGCUAGUAAGGGUAUUGACCAAAACGCAGAGGCCACCAUGAGAAAAGCACGAGUCUCUGUUCGAGCCCGAUCAGAAGCUCCCAUGAUCACUGAUGGGUGCCAAUGGAGAAAAUAUGGACAAAAGAUGGCUAAAGGAAAUCCAUGUCCUAGAGCCUACUAUAGGUGCACCAUGGCAGUUGGUUGUCCAGUUCGUAAGCAAGUUCAACGCUGUGCAGAGGACACAUCAAUCUUGAUAACAACUUACGAAGGAAAUCACAACCACCCUCUGCCUCCAGCUGCAAUGGCAAUGGCAUCGACGACAACAGCAGCUGCAAGCAUGUUACUUUCAGGGUCAAUGUCAAGUGCAGAUGGAAUAAUGAAUCCAAACUUGCUAGCAAGAGCAAUUCUACCAUGCUCAUCAAGUAUGGCUACAAUUUCAGCUUCAGCUCCUUUCCCAACUGUAACAUUAGACCUUACUCACAGCCCAAAUCCUCUGCAAGUACAAAGACCCCCAACACAUUUCCAAGUCCCUUUCCCGGGCCAACCCCAAAACUUUGCUUCAGUCACGCCCCAACAAUUGCCUCAGGUUUUUGGUCAGGCCCUUUAUAACCAAUCAAAAUUCUCUGGCCUCCAGUUAUCUCAGGAAUUACCUCAAUCCCAACAAUUGCACCCAUCACAGCAGCAUUCACUAGUUGAUUCAGUCAGUGCUGCCACGGCUGCCAUCACCGCAGAUCCUAACUUCACAGCAGCACUGGCAGCUGCCAUCACCUCUAUUAUUGGCGGUGGUAAUGGCAACACCUCGACAACCCACAAUAACAGUAAUGGCAAUAACACAAGCAGCAGAAACUAGGACGGGUCUCAUUUAACUUUUUCUUGGUUCUUGAUUUUCAGUUCUUUUAUCUCUCUCUUUUUUCAUUUCUUGGGGGGUAAACAUGAGAUCACAUGUUCAUAUUUUUUGUUCUUGUUGGGGAAGGAGGGAUAGACACAAAAAAUAUUUCAUUCUUUUCGUUUUGAAUAAUUACUUUGUUUGUUAUUGUUUAGUGAUACAUGAAUGAUAAAGCAAAGCUAGCAUACAGGUUAUUAUAAA